AUGAAGGAGGCUCUGGGGAAAGCUCUGGGCUGGGCCUCCCUCCCUUCGGCCUGCCCCCUGGCCAAGCCCCCACUACUGAUGGCCAAGGGGAGCUGUUUUGCGUGGGAGGUGUGGAGAGGGGCCUCUCUUUAUAGCCAAGUGAAUAAAGGCAUCUUUUCACAGUCAGAGGCAACCAAAUUGAGGCGGACAGAGAUGGAAGAGCAGGACCCAGAAAGAUCUGGGAAGAGAGCAGGGAAAGACCCCUAUCUCGUCCAUGCUGGGAGUGGUGUUGCAUUCUGGGAGAGAGCCGUGCCAGAGGUCUGGGAUCGGGAGCCCCUGAACUCAGAAGUCCUUUCCCGACACUUCCGGCAGUCCCGCUACCGUGAUGCCGACGGGCCCCGCGAGGUUUGCAGCCGGCUCCAUGGACUUUGCAGUCACUGGCUGAAGCCGGAGAGAAACUCCAAGAAGCAGAUCCUGGACCUGGUGACCCUGGAGCGGUUCCUGACCAUCCUGCCCCACGAAAUGCAGCGCUGGGUCAGAGGGUGUAGCAAAGAGGCAGCGUUGAUCUGUUCCCUUUGCAGAGGUGUAAAAACAGCUGCUGUACCUCCUGUCCAGUCUGUCGUUCCCUUUGAGGAGGUGGCCGUGUAUUUCACAGAGGCUGAGUGGGCUCUGUUGGAUCCAGACCAAAGAGCUCUCUACGAGGACGUCAUGCUGGAGAACUACGGGAGCGUGGCCUCUCUGGCGGCAGAUGUAGAGGAGACAGUUGGGGGAUGCCAGCAGUUCUAUGUGGAAAACGCCAAGGAUGAAGAUUCCAAAGAAAAGCUCAAGGAUGAAGACAGACUACAGAGGCAGGAGGGAAGUCGUGUGGAUGAGAGAACGAACAGGCCAAUCCAGUCCCAAGGAGGAGGCGUCUGUGAAAUCCUAGUUCAAGAAAUUAAAUCAACCAACACAAGAAGGAAUGACAGCCUCCAUUCUAACCAGACAAUCUGCUCCAGGCAAAAUGAAAGUGUUGCAUUUGGAAAGAUCCUCCAUGAGAACAUCAGUCUUAUUUCUGAGAGGCAAAUCCCCUUAGGAGAGAAACCAUAUGAUUGCAUGAAGCGCAGAAAGACUUCCAGUGGGAAAUCAGCACUUUCUUUACUUCAAAGAAUUCACCCAGGGGAUGAGCAGUGGAAUUUGGGUGAUGAGGAAGUGCAUAAGCUAUUGCCAAAGAAAGUGAAGAAGGAUGAUCUGAAAGGAACCUUCAGGAAUCAAGGGGGACCUAAGAGUCCGAAAGGAAGUCAAAUGGUCGAGGAGAAGGAUACUCUCAUUUCUCGUCAAGAGCAGGAUUUCCAUGAGCUAAUCUAUACAGUAGACAAAGUAUAUAAGUGCUUAGAGUGUGGAAUGAAUGUCUCAGAUCAAAGCCAAUGUGAGAUGUAUUUGCAAAUGCACAGUGGAAGGAAGACCCAUCAGUGCUUGGAGUGUGGCAAGACUUUCCUUUGCAGAGUAGAGCUCCUUAGGCAUCAAAUAAAACACAAAGGAAAGAAACCUUUUAGCUGCUCAGACUGUGGCAAGAGCGUCUCAGAAAAAUCAGAUCUUUUUCAACACCAAAAAACUAAUUCAGGAGAUAAUCCAUUAAUGUGCUUAGAGCAGGGAAUUACCUCUGGUAGAAGAAAGGGUAAUGUACAAAUUCCAAAGCACAGUAUAAUGAGGGCACAUAAAUGCUUUCGGUGCAGAAAGUUCUUCAGCAACAGAUCAAAAUUCCUUGUGCACCAAAGAACUCACACAGGAGAGAAACCUUUUGAAUGCUUCGAGUGUGGAAAGAGAUUCAAUCAGAGUAGCAAUCUUCAACAACAUCAAAGAACUCACACAAAAGAGAAACCUUUUGAAUGCUCAGAGUGUGGAAAGAGAUUCAGUCAGAGUGGCCAUCUCCAACAGCACCAAAGUACUCACACAAAGGAGAAACCUUUUCAAUGCUCGGAGUGUGGAAAGAGAUUCAGUCGGAGUAGCAAUCUUCAACAGCAUCAGAGAACUCAUACAAAGGAGAAACCUUUUCAAUGCACAGUAUGUGGCAAGAGAUUCAGUCACACUAGCACUCUUCAACAGCAUCAAAGAACUCACACAAAGGAGAGGCCUUUUGAAUGCUCAGAGUGUGGAAAGAGAUUUAGUCGGAGUAGCAAUGUUCAACAGCAUUGAAGAACUCACACAAAGGAAAGACCGUUUGAAUGCUCAGAGUGUGGAAACAGAUUCAGUCAGAGUAGCACUCUUCAACAGCAUCAAAGAUCCCACACAAAGGAGAGACCGUUUGAAUGCUCAGAGUGUGGAAAGAGAUUUAGUCGGAGUAGCAAUCUUCAACAGCAUCAAAGAACUCACACAAAGGAGAGACCGUUUGAAUGCCCAAAAUGUGGAAAAAGAUUCAAUCGGAGUAGCGCUCUUCAAGAGCAUCAAAGAACUCACACAGGGGAGAGACCUUUUGAAUGCUCAGAGUGUGGCAAGAAAUUCAGUAGAAGUAGCAAUCUUCAACAGCAUCAG